AAGUUGCUACCAAUUAAGUCCAUCUUCAGCUUUUCUUCUUCUUCUUCUUCUUCUUCUUCUUCUUCUUCUUCAAGAGCUACAAUGUCAAGAGUCUCUCAAAUCCUUCUCUUAACCCUACUAAUAAUAACGACCCAUUUAGGAGAGAGCCGUUCGUUGAGCAAUAAUUCGAGCAGCAGCCUGAUAUCCGAUGGCAUGCAGCAUGUAAUUAGCCUGCAGUCUGAUCAUCCAAUCAUUGAAUUGGAAUUCAAAGCAACAACAGUGACUUGCGAGCCCAUCUAUGGCUUCCUGCCUUGCACAACAGAGGUUUGGGGGCAGCUGUUCAUGAUAGUGGUAUACGAGGUCUUGCUGUCCAUGGCAGGGACGUAUGUUUCGAAUGGGUCUAACCUUUUCUUUCAAAUGUUUGAAACUGGUGUCUUCGGUGCCAGCGUAUUCCAAAUCCUUGGCACUAUCCCGCAGGUCGUUUUGAUACUAGUGACUGGAGUGACAGCUAGUACAGAUACGGUUGAAACACUGGUAACAAUGGGAAUGGGCUUACUUACAGGAUCAACAGUCAUGCUUCUUACUUUAAUCUGGGGUUCUGUUGUUGCUUUUGGAAGCUAUGAUCUUUCACAGCCUUCAGCUGCUGAUUCAUCAGAUGUGGAGGAAAAUAAGACACCAUUCAGUUUAACUGGUUAUGGUGUAAGCAUUGAUAUUGAGACCUACUAUACUUCAAGAAUAAUGAUUGUAUCGAUGAUCCCAUUUCUCAUUCUACAAAUGGCAAAAGUUCUCAAUUCAUCUUCAGGGACACGAAUAGUAGUCUUAGUUGCACUCCUUGUUACGCUUUCUUUCCUCUUCGUUUACUUCACCUAUCAGGUAUUCCAGCCAUGGAUUCAGAGUAGAAGACUUGAAUACUCCUUGCGUAAGCAUGUUCAGAAAAACCUACUUCCGAGCCUUCUCACUGCUGGUGGCAGACCUAGCCUAACACUUAUAAGAGAGCUUUUUCAGAAAAUUGACAAGAAUAAUGACAAAUAUAUAUCUCCUAAGGAACUGAGAGCUUUAAUCUUGGGACUACAAAUAAAAGGAGGUUUAAAAGAGGUUGACCUCGAAGGAAAGGUGAUGGAGGAGUUUGACAUAUCUGGUGAUUCUAAUAUCAUUGAAACUGAGUUCGUCAAAGGAAUCUCAAACUGGCUUUCUGCUUCUCAACAAUCUGCCAGCAAUCAAGAUCAUGACAGGCCAAAGUUUUCUGGCAGCACAUCCAAGAAAACAAGUGAAGAACAGGUGAGUCUAGUGGCUCAGAAAAAGGAGAGUACUAAGGGAACUGAUAAAGGUUGGUUGAAUUAUGUUAAGGCAGCUUUUCUGAUUGUUCUAGGAACUGCUAUCAUGAUUCUGCUUGCACAACCCCUUCUGGAAACUCUCCAGGAGUUCUCCAGUGCUGUAAACAUCUCCUCUUUCGGGGUAUCAUAUGUUGUCAUACCCUUAGCUAUGAACUACAGACAGGCACUGAACGCAAUUACUUCUGCCAGAGAGAAGACAGGAAAAGCUAUCUCCUUAACCUUUUCUGAGAUUUAUAAUGGAGUAUUCAUGAACAACAUGAUGGGCUUAGCCACUUUCUUGGCUCUUGUUUACAUACGGGAUUUGUCGUGGGAUGUCUCAGCUGAAGUUCUUGUUGUUCUACUUGUAUGCACUGGGAUGAGUCUCUUUACCAGCUUCUGCCCCAAAUUCCCAUUCUGGACUGGAAUUAUAGCAUAUCUUCUCUACCCCUUAUCUCUGCUGCUCAUUUAUAUUCUCACCACUCUUUUGGGAUGGUCCUAAAUAUUAGAGCUUCCGUAUAUGCAAAUAAUCCAUAUAUUAUGGGAAGAAAUAUGUAUUUGCAUGAAAAAUCCACAAAAUUAGGAUGAGCAUCUUUAAUUUCAACCUUCUCUUUGUAUUUCUUCGUGCUUUUUUCAAUUAAGCUACAAUGUACUUAAUUAUAUCCACGUUUUAGAUUUCAAACCGUUCACUCUGCACAGCAAAAUUGGAAAUGUUGCAAUCCAAGGCAGAGGCAGAAAGUGACUUCUGCCAUUUUGAUUAAGCAA